CACUUCGAACAACCCUUAGCGGAGGAGACGGUUUAAAGCUGUUAUUCCAUCUUCAGCCAUUAUUUUCGUCGAAUUUCGAAGUCUGCUUGGGAAAAAGGUGUAUUAUUCACGCGUGUAAAUACAUCAAAAACAGCCCGGUGAGGCGGUUGCGAGCUCCAUCUCUAGCGCUGCGAGGGUGAAGUCAGAGGAUCAAGAACAUGGAGGGCUGGAAAGCUGCAAUGAGGAAAUUAGGAUCAUCUAGCAACAGGAUACCUGAGAUUUCGACUCCCGAGAUCGACGUAAAACCUGAGAUUUCGACUUCAGAGAACAUAAAUCCUGAGCUUUCGACUCCCAAGAUCGACAUGUAUCCUGAGUUAUCGACUCCCAAGAUCGACAAAUAUCCUGAGUUAUCGACUCCCAAGAUCGACAUAUAUCCUGAGUUAUCGACUCCCAAGAUCGACAUAUAUCCUGAGUUAUCGACUCCCAAGAUCGACAUGUAUCCUGAGUUAUCGACUCCCAAGAUCGACAUAUAUCCUGAGUUAUCGACUCCCAAGAUCGACAAAUAUCCUGAGUUAUCGACUCCCAAGAUCGACAUGUAUCCUGAGUUAUCGACUCCCAAGAUCGACAAAUAUCCUGAGUUAUCGACUCCCAAGAUCGACAGAAAUCCUGAGAUUUCGACUCCCAAGAUCGACAGAUAUCCUGAGUUAUCGACUCCCAAGAUCGACACAUAUCCUGAGUUAUCGACUCCUGAGUUUAUCGACUCCCAAAUCGACAUAAAACUGAGCUUUUCAACCCCAAGAUCGACAGAUAAUCCUGAGUUAUCGACUCCAAGAUCGACAGCAUUAUCCUGA